AGGAGAGAGAGGCAGGAGAGAGGGAGGAGAGAGAGCCCAAGACAGAAUUAUUUGCCAGCUUGCUCAAAACAGAAGGAAUAGAUCGUCCUUCCAGUGCACACACUGAUGUGAGCAAAUACACAAACUUGCUCACUAAAAUACCAUACCACACAUACAGAUACACUCUGUGAGUCAUCACGCCGCCCUUCUCCACUUUACUCUCGGCCCGACCUGGCAGCUCUGAGUGAAUCUAGGCGAAAACCAAGUCGCUGCUAUUUUUAGCCCCACGAUGGUGGGGAUGGAUAAACGAAUGGACAGGAGCUGGGCACACGGAGGAGGGUAGAGAAGAGGGCAGGAACUGGGCAGCAUUGGGCUAUACCUCAGCCAACUUCGCAAAGCUGCUAGAGAAACUGACACAGAAACUGACACAGUAACAGUUUCUCUAGAUUUAUCCUUCUCACAAAUGAACAGUUCCUCUGGAUUUAUCCUUCUCACAAAUGAACAGUUCCUCUGGAUUUAUCCUUCUCACAAAUGAACAGUUCCUCUGGAUUUAUCCUUCUCACAAAUGAACAGUUCCUCUGGAUUUAUCCUUCUCACAAAUGAACAGUUCCUCUGGAUUUAUCCUUCUCACAAAUGAACAGUUCCUCUGGAUUUAUCCUUCUCACAAAUGAACAGUUCCUCUGGAUUUAUCCUUCUCACAAAUUAACAGUUCCUCUGGAUUUAUCCUUCUCACAAAUUAACAGUUCCUCUGGAUUUAUCCUUCUCACAAAUGAACAGUUCCUCUGGAUUUAUCCUUCUCACAAAUUAACAGUUCCUCUGGAUUUAUCCUUCUCACAAAUUAACAGUUCCUCUGGAUUUAUCCUUCUCACAAAUGAACAGUUCCUCUGGAUUUAUCCUUCUCACAAAUUAACAGUUCCUCUGGAUUUAUCCUUCUCACAAAUUAACAGUUCCUCUGGAUUUAUCCUUCUCAUUUGAUCAUUUGUUAGGUUUCUUUAGAUUGUUCUUGGGUAAUGCCCCGUAAUGGAAUGUAGCGUGGCUACAAGAGCUCUUGGAGUUUUAUUUUUCCCGGGAUUGGGAACGGGAUCGUUGGAGCGCUCUCUCAGCGUUCCCUCUCCGGGGAAUCUCGUUGCUCUGAUAAUGUCAAGCCACAGAAGCAGGUGUCUCUGAAGAUUUAAAAAAAAAAUACUCUCUCUCACACAGAAUUCAGGAUGCGGCGUUUCGACAAGCUCAUAAUGUCGUUCCCUUUCCUGGCCCACUUCCAUGUGUACAGAAAGCUGGGCAGUAGCAUGCAGUCUGAGGAGGGCACAGAAUGGCUCCUGGAGCUGCUGAUGGAGGUGCAGCUGCAGCAGUACCUUUUGCGUAUCCGUGACGACCUUAACGUGACGCUCAUCUCCCACUUCGACUACGUCAAAAACGAGGACCUGGAGAAGAUUGGCAUGGGGCGGCCCGGGCAGAGACGGCUGUGGGAGGCGGUCAAGAGGAGGAAAGCCAUGUCCAAGCGCAAGUCCUGGAUGAGCAAGGUGUUCAGCGGGAAGCGGCCGGACGGUGGGGACUUCCAGCAGGCGGCCCCCACCUCCUCCUUCCGCAAGCUGUCCCCUACGCCGCACCCCCAGCAGCAGACACUCAGCUGUCUGAUCAGUGAGAAGGAUCUGGUCCUCUUCCAGAAGCUGGGCGAAGGCUCCUUCGGCGUGGUCAAAAGGGGCGAGUGGUUCAUGCCCGCUGGGAAAGUGUUGGAGGUAGCAGUAAAGUGUUUAAAGACAGACGUUCUGAGUCAACCGGACGCUCUGGACGACUUCAUCUGCGAGGUGAACGCCAUGCACUCCCUGGAUCACCAGAACCUCAUCAGGCUGUACGGGGUGGUGCUCACACGCCCCAUGAAGAUGGUGACUGAACUAGCCCCGCUGGGCUCCCUGCUGGACCAUCUGCGCUGCGUUCCGACGCAGGGCCCCAUUCUCAUCCACACGCUGUGCCAGUACGCCGUGCAGGUGGCGUGCGGCAUGGCCUACCUGGAGCAGCGCCGCUUCAUCCACCGCGACUUGGCCACCCGCAACAUCCUGCUGGCGUCGGCCGAGACGGUGAAGAUCGGCGACUUCGGCCUGAUGCGAGCGCUACCCAACAACCACGAGCACUACGUGAUGCAGGAGCACCGCAAGGUGCCGUUCGCCUGGUGUGCCCCUGAGAGCCUGAAGACACGGACGUUCUCCCACGCUACAGACACCUGGAUGUUCGGGGUGACGCUGUGGGAGAUGUGUACCCACGGACAGGAGCCCUGGCUGGGUCUCAACGGCAGCCAGAUCUUACACAAGAUAGACAAGGAGGGUGAGCGUCUGUCCAAGCCAGAGGACUGUCCCCAGGACCUCUACAACGUCAUGCUGCAGUGCUGGGCCCAGAAACCUGACGACAGGCCCACAUUCCUCGCCCUCAGGGAGUUCCUGCUCGAGACCAUGCCAACAGACAUGUGUGCGCUGCAGGACUUUGAUGAGGCUGACAAGCUUCAGAUUCAGGUUGACGACGUCAUCACCAUCAUCGAGGGCAGAGCGGAGAACUACUGGUGGCGGGGCCAGAACAAACGCACACUGAAGGUGGGCCAGUUCCCCAGGAACGUGGUGACCUCCGUUGCGGGCCUGUCGGCCCACGACAUCAGCAGGCCCCUUAAACACAGCUUCAUCCACACUGGCCAUGGAGACUCCGACCCACACCGCUGCUGGGGCUUCCCAGACCGCAUUGACGAUCUGUACUUAGGAAACCCCAUGGACCCACCAGAUGUCUUGGGGUUGGACCUCAAUGCUGCCCGGCCCACUCAGCUACUGGGACGAGCAAAAAAGCCAUGCUACGACUCAGUGACUGAGGACGAGGAGCUGACCGCCUCAGGCCUCAAGAGGCUGUCGCUACGGAAAGCAAGUUCCAUCCUCAAGCUCAAACCCGCCGCCUGGGUCUCCGCCUCCAAACAGGGGGAACGGACUACGGGUUCAGGCCACACCCCCAGCAAGGUGUCGCUCAUCGACUUUGAGCAGGAGUUUCCCCCGGCCACACCCUCUCCCUCCCCAGUGGCGGAGCUACAGUUGCCCUCAUUGGUCAAGCUGGCCCUGGAGGCGGAGUCUAUUCUGGACAGGACUCCUCCUCAGAGCCCAUGGUGCUCGCUGCCUUGCCCUUUACACCCCACGCCAGUGGUGGACUGGGACGCCCGCCCCUUACCUCCACCUCCUGCGUACGAUGACGUGGCGCAGGACGAGGAGGACAUGGAGGUGAGCACCAUCAACAGCUUGGAGCAGCGACAGCAGGGGGGGAUGGGUGAGAGCCACAGCCCCACGGAGGCCAUCCCGGCUGGGGAGGAGGGGAAACCCCUGGGGGACAACCUCUUCUUACCCUCCCAGCUGGACCAGGCCUACACAUCCUUCUCCCAGUCAGCAGAGAUCUUUCAGGAGCUCCAGCAGGAGUGCAUGAGGAGGCUCAAUGUGCCCACAGGAGGAGUUCCCCAGCCCCCCUCUCCGUCACCGAGCUCAGGCCUCCAGUCCAUAGACGUGCACCGCCAUAUCGUCCUGUCCUUCUCCGAGGACAAGCCCCAGAUCCCUCCCCGCAUUCCCAUCCCUCCUCGCCCCGUCAAACGAGGGGACUACACCUGCUGGUCCGGUGACCUCUCCCUGUCCCCGACUCCACCUUCAGAGGAAGUCCAGGACCGGCCCCCUCAGAUCCCCCCACGGAACCCCCUGUCCCAGCCAGGCUCACGCACCCCCAGUCCCAUGGGGCUCCAGGUGGGCUCCCCCCAGCAGAGGACAAUGGUUUGCCCCAGCGCCCCUCCUCCGGCCACAUACGGAUCCUACCUCUCCACGUCCCCGGGGAUGAUCAUGCCCACUACGCACAGCUUUGCCUCGGACCCAAAAUACGCCGCGCUCAAGGUCAUCCAAGCACAAGCCCAGGGUAAGGACCUGGCCAAGGGGCCAUGCAUCCUGCCCAUUGUCCGCGACGGCCGCAAAGUCAGCAACACGCAUUACUACCUCCUGCCCGAGAGGCCGCCUUACCUGGACCGCUACGACCGCUUCUUCAGGGAAGCAGGAAACAUGCCGACCGGUGGCGGCGGUGGGAUCUGUGAGGAGAGGCAGCAGGCCAACACGGCCACGGUCAGGCCCAUGGUGGUGAACCAGCAGCAGCAGAGCAAAGGAGGAGAUAUCAAGGCCAACUUCUCCAACAACAACAGCAGCCUGGGCUGCCGGCCGGGCAUUAAGGCCUCCAUCAGCCUGCCUAGGGUCAGCUCUGAGGGGUCAGCCAGCAGGGCAGCGGGUGGAAUCACAACAGACCAGGUCAAGAUGGUGCAGGAGGCGGUACAUGGCGUGACUGUAGAGGAGUGUCAGACAGCCCUCCAGAACCACAACUGGAACGUGCAGAAAGCUGUGCACCACCUCAAGGUUGAGCAGCUGUUCUGUCUUGGCCUGAAGACCAGGCUGGAGUGUCUCAAGAUGCUGGAGAUGUACAACUGGAACCUGGAAGUGGCCAGCACUCAGCUCCUGGACUCCUACAGCUCUGUCACGCAAAGGCGGUGACCGAUGCUAGGAGCAACAGCAGAACUUUUUUUAUUUGUCAUCUGUCUUUGAGGGGACGGAGUCUGCUACCAUCCCUCUUUUCUGACUUGCCAGACACGCCCCUUAAGAAGACGGGGAUUUGAGUGUGAACCUGGGGUACAUUUGACUGUGUGAUGGGCCAUGGCUGCAGUCUUGCCUACUGUACACUGAGACCUAGAUAGGUGGUUUCCAUGUGGUUGAUACCAUUCCAUUGACUCCAUUUCAGACAUUAUUAUGAGCCGUCCUCCCCUCAGCAGCCUCCACUUAGGACCAGGGGGUUAGCCUCCACACUGAGGACCAGGAGGCUAGCCUCCACACUGAGGCCCAGGGGGCUAGCCUCCACACUGAGGCCCAGGGGGCUAGCCUCCACACUGAGGCCCAGGGGGCUAGCCUCCACACUGAGGACCAGGGGGCUAGCCUCCACACUGAGACCCAGGGGGCUAGCCUCCACUGAGGCCCAGGGGGCUAGCCUCCACACUGAGGACCAGGGGGCUAGCCUCUGAGGAGCAGGAGGCUAGCCUCUGAGGAGCAGGAGGCUAGCCUCCACACUGAGGACCAGGGGGCUAGCCUCUACACUGAGGACCAGGAGGCUAGCCUCCACACUGAGGCCCAGCGGGCUAGCCUCCACACUGAGGCCCAGGAGUCUAGCCUCCACACUGAGGACCAGGAGGCUAGCCUCUGAGGAGCAGGAGGCUAGCCUCCACACUGAGGACCAGGGGGCUAGCCUCUACACUGAGGACCAGGAGGCUAGCCUCCACACUGAGGACCAGGAGGCCAGCCUCCACACUGAGGACCAGGAGGCUAGCCUCCAUACUGUGGACCUGGAGGCUAGCCUCUACACUGUGGACCUGGAGGCUAGCCUCCACACUGUGGACCUGGAAGCUAGCCUCCACUGAGGACCUGGAAGCUAGCCUCCACUGAGGACCUAGAGGCUAGCCUCCACGAAGGAGCCUCCCGUUCUACCACCGAAUAUGAGUAGAAGUCGACUUAGAAUGCAGGUAGUGGAACCAUACUCUUAAAGGGACCAUGGUGUCUGCUGGUUCCUACCCUAUACCCAACACUGAAGAAAAAACAUCCUCUUUUUCACUGCUGGUCUCCCCGAUUCAGUUAUAUCACUGCCACAAUACACCAUUGACCAACUAGACUGACCUCUUUUGUGUUAUUACUGACAUAUGAAUCAGGGGAGCACUCCCCUACUGUAUGUGAGCUUUGCUAAGCUCCUCGGAUUGGACAGGGGCUUGUUUUAGCGAGGUCAGCAUCUUUCUGCUGCGCCGCCCGCCCGCCCUCCCAGGCUCUACUGUGUUUUAGCAGAGGACAAAGUUCACAAAGCCCAUAGAGAGAACGAAUACAAGAGAGGGGAAGGAGAGAAAAAAAUGCAGCUGGUCUACUUUUAAGUCGACUCCUUUUUUUAUUUUCUAUUUUAGAGAUUUCGACUUGAUUUAUAAUAUUAAGGAGAGGAGAUAACAGAUUUUUUUUAAUGCACACAAACGGUUACAUACAUGAAUAGUUAUAGUUAUAUAUUUGCAGCGAAUAUGUGCUAGAAGUUGGUAUUUUUAGUUUUUAGUGUUUUUAAUAUAUUUUGGGUUUUGCACCGGUUGUUUGAAAAGGGGGACAUAUUGAAAACAUUCAAUUCUUGAGAUAUAAAAAAAUAUAUAUAUUUUGUCAGUUAUUAAAGCCAUGUAUGUUAUGCUUUCCUUGACUCGAGUUCACUUAUGUUUGUCAGUGACAUCAACUGGACGUUAGUCUCAGACAAUAAAGUGUAUAACCUAGA